AUCAAAGAUGGUUGCCGAAACUGUCGCAGACUAUUGUUGACAUGCGCGUUCUGCGUGCGCGGUUCUCGGGGCUCGCUCGCUCUCUAUGGUGCGGUCGCCAUCGCUGAGAGAGCGGAGGGGAGGGAACAUGGCCGUGGAAUCUAGAGUCACCCAGGAGGAGAUUAAGAAAGAACCAGAAAAGCCGGUGGAUCGAGAAAAGACAUGUCCCCUUCUGUUGAGAGUGUUCACAACUAAUAAUGGAAGACAUCAUAGAGUGGAUGAUUUUGCUAGAGGGAAUGUCCCAUCUAGUGAGCUACAGAUCUACACUUGGAUGGAUGCUACACUAAAGGAGCUAACAAGUUUAGUAAAGGAAGUCUAUCCAGAGGCCCGAAAGAAAGGAACACACUUCAGCUUUGCAAUUGUGUAUCCAGAUCCUAAACGGCCUGGUUACAGGUUUGGUCUUUGUGCAUGCGCAAAAUGCAUCUGUGCUCUGAUCACCACCUCCCCCAACACCACUGGUCAUCAUGAACCCUAACGUGUGUACUGAAGUCCUAGUGACACAGCAGUUAUCAAUGUAUGAGACAGAUCCAGCUUUAGAGAAAAACAAGUUAACGAGACAACUAGAUUGAGUUUAGCAGGUUUUCUAGGAAGGUGAUUCAACUACUUACCUCCUGCUGCAACAUUUUCAAUCUACCUACCAACUGUUGUAUUAUGUUUUAAUUCAUAUGUCUUGUAUAAUGUCAAGUGUUAUGUUUCAACAUACAUAAGCAUCAGAAAACUGAAUUUAGGGAAUUAUUGUGCCGAAUCAUCUUCAUUCUGCCAGGAAUACUGGUCUAACUAUAUGGAGGCCCAGUAGUGUCAGCCCAUUGUGCCACUAAUUAUGGUCAUUAUGCUACUGACAAGCUUGUAACAUUACAGCAGAACAAAAUGAGUGAGAGCACAAGAGAGGAAAAGAAUAGUGCUACUUUAAACUUUAAUAACUUUUGAUGUACAUAUGAUAGAAGCAAACUGAACAGCAUAAAGCAUAAUGCAAAGUUUUUUAAUGUUAAUGUAACAAAUGAUGCUGAAACUAAUUGAAAAUGGUGGAAAAUCAGAUUUAAUAAUACAUCACAGAAAUAUCAGUUACUUUGAAGUCUAGAAAUUUGAACUUCCUUAUAUUAAAACUUCAAAUGCGAUUUACUUUGCUAUCCUGUGUACACCUGAAGCUAAAGUUCCACAUUGACUUUAUAAAUGUCCUAUAUAGCACCUCUCAUGUCCAUGGACAUCUGAAAAAACUUCAAAAAGACUGUGAAAUAAGUAAUUGACUGUGAAGUAGUCACUUACAUAGGCAGACAUAUAGUCAAUGUGUGCUGUGAGUGCUAACAAGAGCCAAACUGACACUAAGUAAAACAGUGACAGCCAGUGUAGAGUACUCUCCAAAUGUUCUUCUAUUGAAUGUACAAAUAUUAAAAUCAGGCAUAAGGUUACUGAUUUUUCCACAAAGUUUAUUCCUAAAACAGUUAAACAUAACAUUUUAUUUUUAUGUGGGAUUCUGAUAACUAUAAUUCAUUGGCCUUGAUCACAACCCAAACUUUUGCAUGACCUUUAAGAUGGAACCAAAAUCAUGAAACGCAAAAUCUGCAGGUAAAGUUUAACUGUCAUUUUAAAAACCCAAGUUAAAAUUACACUGUACACUUUCUGAUAUUGAUGUAUAACUUCACAAAUACAUCAAGUGAAAAACUGCAAAGUGAAAGUUGUGGCUGGCUAGAAGGAAGGACCAAAAAACAUAUGUACAUGUAGUUUGAUUUGGGUUUUCCCUCCCGUGCCGUUCCUCUUCUGAAGCUGGUUACUUAAUCAAAGUCAAUCUUCUACAUUCUUGAAUUCUGAUUAAAAUGCUGCAUUGAAGAUUUCACAUAAAUUAUGCUCAUAGUGACCGAAUUCUAUCAUUUUGUUUGAACUUAGAGGUUUGGAAUGUUUUGGAAGGAGACAAAUGCACAAUCACAUUUUGAAUGCCUGUCACGCAGUUUUCAGUAUUCUACCUCCAUAUAAUAUACCCAUGGCUUCAAACACAUGAUAUAUUUUUCUACCCCACUAAGUUCAAUUCAUUUUAUGAUUCAUUCUCAAUUACAACCUAUAUCUGACCUUAUAAUAUGAAGGGAAUAUGCAAACAUAUUUUCUGCACUUCAUUGAUAACACUUUUUCCUACAGUACUGUUUACAUAGCUUACAUUACCUUCGUGUGGAUCCAGAGUUGCUUCUGUACUUGCUAAUUCAAUCACACAGAACUCUCCAUUGGCAUAAUGACCCAAGCAUUUUGCUCUGGUUACAGUUUUAAUUUGCUGAUUAAAUCUAGUAUAUUCAUUUCUCAUUAUCCAGUCUUGCUCAAUUCCUUUCACCAAGACUUGUCAAAGAUGGAGAAAGGUUACUUUCUGGAAAAACUAAAAGGGAACACGAGUAAUAUCAAUCCAAAUGCUUUUUGAUUACCCAAGGUAUAAAUAUCAUAACAUUUAGUACCAUAUGACUGGACUAUAGUGUUAACUGCACCAUUAAGUCUGCAGUUUUAUGUUGGUUUUGCUUGUGCAAUGAUCACACACUAUUUUUGUAUGAUAACUGUGCUGUAGCAUGAAAUGUAAAUAAAUUGCUGGCACCAGCUAUGAAAAGCCACAAUAAAAAUGGUACUUCGUUCAUAAGCCAGGGAUAAGAAAAGAUUUAUUAAAAGUUCUUGAUCCAAAACUUUUCAAUCAUGGCAUCUGGCUGUAUACUGAAUAAACUCAAAAUAUUUUUGCUCCAUUA